AUGAUCGCUAACCAAACGGGGCACCUGAAAGUCUCCACCCGCGUCAUCGUCCGCUCCUACAUCGGCAUGUUCGUCUUCUGCUCGAUGCUGUCGGCCAAUUGGGCGAUUAUCAUCUACUGUGGAUGGGCAUUAAAUAAGGCCCUAAAAUCCAAAGGUAUCAGCAAUCGCACAAAAACUAUGCAAAAGGAGCUCUUCCGGGCCCUGAUUUUCCAGCUCAUCGUGCCGAUCUGCUGCGUAUUCGGACCUCUGGGGAAGAGCUUCUGGCAAAACGGCCCCUCAAGGGGCCAUCACCAAGUCGAGCACCCAACC